ACAGUAACUAGUAGAACGUUACAUAACUGGACUGCCUGGCAGUACACUACUUACUUGAGUUUGCUGGAUGCUCCGCUUGAGGCUACCAACUGCCUGGCCCCGCGCAUCACAUGCACGACCAUUUUCCAGGAGCUCAACACCGUACUCAGGUCAUAAUAAAUGGUCCAAAAUAAAGCAACGAAAAGGUGCAGAAGACGCGAAGAAAUCCAUCUUGUACGGCAAAGCCGCCAGCGACAUUCUUGCCGCUGCCAGGAAUGGCGGGUCACCGAUUAUUGAAGAGAACUCUAUGUUAGCCACUGCCGUCCGACGCGCAAAAGACGCCGGUGUCCCGAAAGAGAACAUUGAGAAUGCUUUGCUCAAGGCUUUCAAAAGGAAGAACAACAAUGGUCAAGCUGUCACUUAUGAAGCCAUGAUGCACGGCUCUGUGGGCAUCAUCAUAGAAUGUAGGACUGAUAACAUCAACCGCACCCUCAGUAAUGUGAGGGAAGUGCUCAACCGUCAUGGUGCUCGACAGGCUCCCGUCAAGUUCAUGUUCCGUCAGCGAGGAUACCUCAAAAUUGCUCUCGACCCAAACGAUAUAGAAGAUCUGUUCAACACAGCAGAGUCGACUCAGUGUGCCUUUGAUUUCGACGAAUGGGAAGAUGACUCCAGUGGUAGUCGCGGAAUAGAGCUGGCAUGUUCUCCCGACGAGUUGUUCAAGUUAGAAGAUGGACUUCGUCAGUACAUCCAGCAGAACGACAAUGCUGAAAUACUCGUCAGGGAGGUUAGAUGGGCCCCGCUGGAAGAGCAAGGAAGCACCGACGAUGAGAAAGACAGUGUCUCAAAUCUCGUCGAAGCUUUAGAAGAGGACGAGGAUGUCACCUGUGUGUCGACUUCCUUGGAAUAUAGCUCUCUUCUCGGGAACGCUUGAUUUAUAAUACAUACUUAUACAACAGAUAAUGAAGACAAAACUCCGUAACGCCCGGAGACAGUAUAGAUCAAAC